AUGACCAAAUUGUGGUUGGCGACAGCCGCACUCCUCGCUGUUCCUUCCUUGGUUCAGGCUCAAGAUCUUAUCCCUCCGCUUCUUGAGUCAGCUGCAUCAUUUCAAGAAGAGACUUGGUCUGUCGAAUCGAGCUCGAAGAUAAUAUAUAUCGAAGAAGAAUUUGCUUCCGUCUCUGAUACUGAUGGGUUGACUCUCAUUCCACCAACCGCACACGAUUUCGCUACCACAUUUCGGGACGACCUCACGCAAGUAACUGGGCUCAACUGGACGCUGGAACAAGUUAACAAGCUUCCUACCAAUACGACUGGCAUUUCACUUGGUGCCUACACUGGAGAGGCUUCUGAUUUGACCUAUGAAAAUGGAAAGUCGACUUCUGAAGGCUACGAACUCCAGAUAAAUUCCCGACGAGUUUUCAUCGGUGGAAAUGGCGCUCGCGGAAUGUGGUGGGGGACCAGGACGUUACUCCAGCUUCUUCUCGCUGGCAACGGUACUGCCACCGGCACUGUCGGCAGAGAUGCGCCGGCCUAUGCGACGAGAGGGUAUAUGCUGGAUGCUGGGCGAAAGUGGUAUUCGAAGGGCUUCCUCAAAGAGAUGUGCAGCUACGCGUCUUUCUUCAAGAUGAAUGAGUUCCAUUAUCAUCUUAGCGAUAAUUAUCCGCUUAACCGGGGCAAGAAUGACACUUGGCAGGACGUGUACUCCCAUUUCUCCUUGUUGCCAGAGGAUAAGGAUCUUCGUGGUAUUCUUCACGGUCGUGAAAACGAAACCCUCUCAAAGGACGACUUCGCCGACUUGCAAAGCCACUGUGCUUCUCGUGGCGUUACAGUGAUUCCAGAGAUCGAGGCACCUGGUCACUCUCUUUAUCUCACCAAAUGGAAACCAGGGCUCGCCCUGGCCAAGAGAGAUCUCCUCAAUUUGACUCAUCCGGAUACUUUGCCCACUGUGCAGAGUAUCUGGGCCGAAUUUCUCCCGUGGUUCAAGACGAAGGAGGUUCACAUUGGUGCUGAUGAGUACGAUGCUGAGCUAGCAGACGACUACAUCACUUUCGUCAACAAAAUGAGUCGCUUCAUCAAUUCCACUUCUGAUAAAAGAAGCCGCAUCUGGGGGACGCACGAGCCGUCCAAGAGAAAUCAGAUCAUCGAUAAGGACGUCGUUAUCCAACACUGGCAAUACGGCCAGUCAGAUCCUGUGCAGCUCGUCAAAGAUGGCUACGACGUGAUUAACUCGGAGGAUUGGUGGGCUUACACAAGUCUCAAGAAUGACCACAUGCCGAUCUUGCCCGCGAGAUAUCCACAAUUCUUCAAUGAGAGCCGUGUGUUUAACUUUGCCAACAAGGAUGAGUGGCAGUGGACUCCUACGGACUUUAACCCCGUCAACACUAGCUUGCAGCUCAAGAAUGACGAGUCCCGACUCAGGGGUGCUACGCUGGCAGCGUGGAACGACAAUGGGCCGGAUGCUUCUACACAGUUGGAGGCGUACUAUUCUAUGCGUCGGGGCAUCGCUAUAGUGGGGGCACGAGCAUGGAGUGGUAGUCGUGGACCUCAGUUACUCGAGGAGACAACUGAUACCGGCAUUGAUUUCUACUCUCCUCGGGCUCCAGACCAGAACCUUGAUCGAGCACUGCCAACAAAGAAGGGUAACGGUGUGUUGUUAUCGUGGGCCCGCUCUAGCAGUGACGGAAAGAAAGUCAAUCUAGGCCACGGCAGUAAAGGGAUGAACUACAGCCUCACUCUAUCCGUCAACGGACCGUUCACCCUUUCCGGCCCCGACAACUCUCUCGCCCUCGAUAAAGACGGAAGUCUCGUAUUCACUGCAGAUGGAUGGGAGUAUCCUCUCCGCCAAGUCAGUAGCAAAGACGCUUUUGAGCUCGACCCGGGCCAUCCAGGUCGCCUAUGGGUCAACGCCAGCUCAUCCACCCACAAGCCCGUGAAGAUUUCAACGCCCAGCAAUAUUACCCUGGCCACUGACGUUCUCCACGGAACAGUCGUAUUGGUCGACGGGGAUGUGGUGGGAAGAUUCGAAGUGUUCGUCUAUGGCGGGAGGAACACGCUUUUCAGCUGGAGUCAGAUGGCAUUUGUCGCACCGCUCGAGAAACUUGAGGGGGGCGUAGAGCAUCUUUCAUUAAAAGGAUCUGUCACAUUUUCCAAGGCAUAUAAGGACGAGCCAUCUGAAGUUCCAAAAGGGAAUGGAGCUGCUGAUUGUGCUGCGUCACAUAGUCUAGUCACGGUAGGGUUAGUUGGGGCAAGUCUGUGGGCCGUGUGCUUUUGA